CCUUGUCAGACCACUGCUUCUACGGAGGGGGAAGUUCUGUACGAGCUCGCAAAAACAGCCAUAAAUAAGCUGGAUUUAAGGUUGGAAAACAUUAUUGCCGAAUGCUUUGAUGGCGGUGCAAACAUGAGUGGAAUUCGCAAGGGCCUUGCUACGAGUAUGAAGGAAUGUUCACCUCUCGGAAUUUAUGUACAUUGUUAUGGUCAUCUUUUAAUUUGGCUCUUCAGGACACCAUGACUGAAAUUGAAACUCUCCGUAAUGCCCAGAGUCUUUACAAUUUCUUACACGGGAGUACCAAGCGCCAUGCGUUAUUCAAGGACAUUGAAGUUCAUGAAGUUCUUUGA